AUGGACUGCAAACACUGUGGAGCCAAAGUUAAUGCAGGAACCGAAUGGGAGGCGCAUCUUUCUCGUCACCAGACCAUUCAGAACAGAGUUCACGCAGGACGAACAUAUGGCGUCUCAUAUCAGAGAAGACCACCUCGUGCGAUACAAACUCCAACAGAAACGCCGGUGACAAGUCAGUCAACGGAAGUAUCUGUGGACAAAAAUGCCGAUGGCAAGAGUGACCAAGUAGUGUGUUGGGCUCUCAUUGCGGACAGCUAUCAACCUUAUGGAUAUCGGAUUGAAGAACGCUAUCUGUCCCUUCCAGAAUCGUCUGGCCUGUUCAAAUGCGAAAAAUGCGAUCUUAUGUAUACAAGUUUCAGGGAUUGUGAAAUCCAUGCCAAAUCUCACCAGAAGGAAAACGCACGAUGCGAGCACUGUGGCACUUUGUUCGAUACAAGUCACCAACUCGAUAUCCACUACGAUUGGCAUUGGGGGUUGCAGCGGGACUAUGAGAUAGAAAAAGCUCAAGCAAGCCACAAAUAUCCGGACAGAGAAUAUUCCUCCAUUCCUGAGCGAAAGAAACCGUCUCAAAAGAAAAGGCGUGACGGUGAAGUCGUUGCUCUAAGCUUCGUCGGUCCAUCCGACUUCACAGCGGGCAAGUGGUGA